AGUUCGAAAAUACGAGGAGCCACGGGAAGUUGAGUGCCGUGGGCUGGAAUUUAGCCGGGCGGGAAAAGCAGGGGGCCGGCAACAGAGGCUUCUCUGGGCUGCGUCUGUGCCUGGGAGGGUCCGCCCUCCUCACUCUGUCAGGAUGAGCUGUUGGGACUUGUCCCCGCGGGUCUAGUUGGUGCCUCUCGGAGCUCGGGGGUCGACGUGGUGGUGACGAAGUGGGGAAUCAGGACACCCGAGCGCCGCCCGGGACUUAAGCCUCGAGCGUCCCACGGGGCCGGGACGAUGGGCCGGGGCCGGGGUCGCGGGCCCGCUGCCUCGGCAUGAUUUUUCCGGCCGUGCGCUCGGGCCUCCGCGCCGUCCGGAGCCUGCUGGGGCUGCAGAGCCGCCCCCUGUCCCGGGACGCCAUGGAGGUGGCUCUCCGAGGCAGCCGCCGAGUCCUGUGUGUGGCGGAGAAGAACGACGCGGCCAAAGGCAUCGCGGACCUGCUGUCCGGCAGCAGGAUGCGGAGGAGAGAAGGAUUGUCCAAAUUCAAUAAGAUCUAUGAGUUUGACUACCAACUAUAUGGCCAGAAUGUAACCAUGGUAAUGACUUCUGUUUCUGGACAUUUGCUUGCUCAUGAUUUCCAGAUGCCGUUUAGAAAAUGGCAGAGCUGCAACCCUCUUGUACUCUUUGAAGCUCAAAUUGAAAAAUACUGCCCAGACAACUUUGUAGAUAUUAAGAGAACUCUGGAGAAAGAGGCCAAACAGUGCCAGUCUCUGAUAAUCUGGACUGAUUGUGAUCGAGAGGGAGAGAACAUUGGAUUUGAAAUCAUCCAUGUGUGCAAAGCUGUGAAACCAAAUCUCCGAGUAUUUAGAGCCAGAUUCUCUGAAAUCACUGCAAAUGCUGUCAGAUCGGCCUGUCAGCACCUGACUGAGCCUGAUCAGAGAGUGAGCGAUGCUGUGGAUGUGAGACAGGAAUUAGACCUGAGGAUAGGUGCUGCCUUCACAAGGUUCCAGACCUUAAGACUUCAGAAAAUCUUUCCAGAGGUGCUGGCAGAGCAGCUGAUCAGUUAUGGUAGCUGUCAGUUCCCAACAUUGGGAUUUGUAGUAGAAAGGUUCAAAGCCAUCCAAGCUUUUGUGCCAGAGAGCUUCCACAAAAUUAAAGUGACUCAUGAGCAUGAAGAUGGCGUUGUGGACUUCAGCUGGAAAAGACAUCGUCUCUUUAACCAUACAGCGUGUCUUGUCCUCUAUCAGAUGUGCAUGGAGGAUCCAGUAGCCACAGUGGUAGAAGUUGGAUCUAAGCCGAAGAGCAGAUGGAGGCCCCUGCCUUUGGAUACUGUGGAACUCGAGAAAUUGGCUUCUCGAAAGUUGAAGAUAAAUGCCAAAGAAACCAUGAAAAUUGCUGAAAAGCUCUAUACUCAGGGGUAUAUCAGCUAUCCCCGAACUGAGACAAAUAUUUUCCCCAAAGACUUAAACCUGACAACUUUGGUACAGCAGCAGAUACAUGACCAACAAUGGGGAGCCUUUGCCCAGAGAAUUCUAGACAGGGGUGGCCCUACCCCUCGUAAUGGGAAAAAGUCUGAUCAAGCUCAUCCUCCCAUUCACCCCACCAAAUACACUUGUGACCUGCAGGGGAAUGAACAACGACUGUAUGAGUUUAUUGUUCGCCAUUUCCUAGCCUGUUGCUCUGAGGAUGCCCAAGGACAAGAAACGACUGUAGAGAUUGAUAUUGCUCAAGAGCGCUUCGUUGCUCAUGGUCUCAUGAUUCUGGCCAGAAACUAUCUGGAUGUUUAUAUAUAUGAUAAAUGGAGUGACAAGGUCAUUCCCAUCUAUGAGAAAGGCUCCUCCUUCCAGCCAACCACAAUAGAAAUGGUGGAUGGUGAGACCAGCCCACCCCAACUCCUCACAGAAGCAGAUCUCAUCGCCCUCAUGGAGAAACAUGGCAUUGGGACGGAUGCAACUCACGCAGAGCAUAUCGAGACCAUCAAAUCACGGAUGUACGUGGGACUCACCCCUGAUAAACGAUUCCUCCCAGGACAUUUGGGCAUGGGAUUGGUGGAAGGUUAUGAUUCCAUGGGCUAUGAGAUGUCUAAGCCUGACCUCCGGGCUGAGCUAGAAGCUGACCUGAAACUUAUUUGUGAGGGGAAAAAGGAUAAGCAUGUGGUCCUGAGACAGCAAAUCCAGAAAUAUAAGCAAGUUUUCAUUGAAGCUGUGGCCCAUGCCAACAAGCUGGAUGAAGCGUUGUCUCAGUAUUUUGGAGAAAUGACCGCAGCAGUUGGCCAAGAGGAAAUCUACCCAGCAAUGCCAGCCACUAUCAAGAAGUGUCCACAAUGUAACAAAGAUAUGGUGCUCAAGAGGAAGAAGAAUGGCGGCUUCUACCUUAGCUGCAUGGGCUAUCCAGACUGCCGAAAAGCUAUAUGGUUUCCAGAUUCUGUUCUAGAAGCCAGUAAGGAUGAAAGCGUGUGUCCAGUCUGCAAACCACAUCCUGUUUACAGGUUGAAAUUAAAGUUCAAGCGUGGAAGCGUCCCUCCCACCAUGCCUCUGGAGUUUGUUGGCUGCAUUGGAGGUUGUGAUGAGACCCUAAUGCAGAUCAUGGACCUAAGAUCUUCCAAUGGCCCUUCCAGAGCUUCACAGCCAGCAAGCCAGCCUACCAACCAUUUACAGACCAACCAGUCCCUGAACAGAAUGGGCAACAACCAGGGCAGUUAUUCCAUUUCUCCCACAGAACGACAAACUGGACUCCCUAAGCCCCCAACCAGGACACUUGUGCCCUCAGCAGCCACUAAUGAGAAUCACAACACUGUGAUGUGUAACUGUGGCCAGGAGGCCCUCUUGCUCACUGUCCGUAAAGAAGGGCCCAAUCAGGGCAGGCAGUUCUACAAGUGCAACAUGGGCAGUUGCAACUUCUUCCUGUGGGCUGAUAGUCAGCAGGGAACAGAAAUGGCCCCUUCCUCAAGAACAAGGACUCCUAGUCAUUUCCAAGGGAACUCCACAAAUUCUGGAGGAAGGCAAAAUAGGUUUGGAAACCAUGGCAGUAAUAGCAGCAGUGCCACAUGCAUGUGCAAUCAACCUGCCAUCACACGAACUGUGCAGAAGGAGGGGCCUAACAAGGGCCGGCAGUUCCACACGUGCUCAAAACCGAGGGAGCAGCAGUGUGGCUUCUUCCAGUGGGCUGAUGAAAACAUGGCACCAGGAACUUCUGGUCCAGUUUGGUUUGGGGGAAGAGGGCAGGUCCCAGGGUCAGAAGCCAAAAGCAAAAGACCUAGGACUAACUCAGACACUGAGCCCACAACAAAGAGAAUACGAAAAUGUGGCCUCUGUCACCAGCCUGGACACACCCGGCUCACCUGCCCUCAGAACAGAUGACUGAAGGAGAGGAAGAGUGAGACAGGGAGUUGUUGCUGUUCUGUUCUGUUCUGUUGAGGGAAAUUAAAGAGUUUUUAGAUAAGAAAUCAGCAGGAUGCCAAAGAACCCCUGUUGUCAUUGGAACUUUGAGAAAGCCCCUCAAUUUGGAGUCCAGCUUUCUCCUGGCCUUCCUAAUUCAGAUGAAGUGUGGUUUACAGGGCCCUGGAAUAGGCCUGGGAUAUACCACGCUAAGCAGCCUCUUGUCUGAUGGAAGAAAAGUCCUACAGCCAUUUAGGGGAUGCUGUGCAGAAGCAGAGAAAACAACUCCAGUAUAAUCCUUCUGCUCAAAGCCAUUACCCUGCAAAUUAAAAAUUUGCAGUAGACAGUAUUUAUGGUAGCAGGGAAAUCCAUUCCUAAACUGCAGAGGAGAAAAUGGCUGUUAUGUUUGCUUGGGAUGAUGGGUCUUCUUUGUACCCAUGAAGGUGUUUGGUAGGUGAAGGGAUAUUUAAACACAAAGCAUUGGAGGCUUUUAGCUCUUGGCUCACAUUUGCAAGUUUUCCCAGGAAACUAGGCAUGGGUGAGAAAUGCUUAGGGUAAAAUUCAGUGUCAAAGUGCCAAGAGUUCGGGUCUGCUUGGACCUCUAGCUUGCUUAUGGAUGAACCUUUCUCCUCUUCAGGUGGGAAUGAGUUUUUCUAAAGAUGAGCCUCCAUAAUAGUAAGCUACAGCAAAUGUAUUGAGAAAGUGGCAUUUCAUUUAAAGAGCUGCUGUUCUGAAAUUUUAUCUCUAGAAGAAUUCUUGUUUUUCUAGUCCAGGAGGCUACUUACAGCUGUUGGGCCUCAAACAUAGCUUAUGUGCCUUAAUAAAAAGAAAUUCCACCUC